AUGGGAGCAAAAGCAUCGAAGUUGUCCAAAGAUGAUUUGACAUCGUUGAGACAGUCGACAUAUUUCGAUCGUCGAGAGAUACAGCAAUGGCACAAAGGAUUCCUGAGAGAUUGUCCCAGUGGUCAAUUAACACGCCAAGAUUUUGUCAAGAUAUACAAACAAUUUUUUCCAUUUGGAUCUCCUGAAGAAUUUGCCAAUCAUCUCUUUAGCGUUUUUGACAAGGACAACAGUGGAUCUGUUGACUUUAGAGAAUUUAUUACAGUAUUAAGUACCACUUCGAGAGGAACCCUGGAGGAAAAACUCGUGUGGACAUUUCAAUUGUACGAUUUAAAUCAUGAUGGUUUUAUUACAUUCGAUGAAAUGUUGACGAUUGUUACUAGCAUAUACAAAAUGAUGGGAUCCAUGGUCAAAUUAAGUGAUGAUGAAGCUACGCCUGAAUUGAGGGUUCGUAAAAUAUUUAAACUGAUGGACAAGAAUGAGGACGGAUAUAUAACAUUAGAUGAAUUUAGGGAAGGGUCAAGGGUUGACCCUUCAAUCAUCAGUUCUUUGAAUCUGUACGAUGGGUUGGUAUAA